UCUCAAUUCUCGAAAGGAGCUUUUCUAUGGUCACCGAAAAACUUAUUAAAAUGCGAAAUGGUUAACCUGCGCCCCCGAAUAUAUAUCUCCUCUCAGCCGCCGACGAAAGCCGUAGACAUAAGACGCUCCGGUUCGAGAACGAACCAAGCGAGCAAGAACCAAGAAACGAACAGGCGGAGAAGACGUACGGCCGUACGGGAGAGUAGGCGGCAGCCGGUGUUUCUGGGCUGGGUUCGCCAUGCCCCUGCCGCCGCCCAACAUGCGCACGCAAGAACCUCACCCCUGGCUCCGCGAUGCCCCCGACGACCUCCCGGACUGCGACGGGACGGGCGCCUGCUUCCCUGGCGGCGGUCUGUGCUACCCCGACGACCCGCUCGAACUCGUCCACUCGCUCUUCCCUGCUCAGACCACCGUGGACCGAUCGGCGCUCGGGAUAGGCACCAGCGCCGGCGAGCCUCCCUGUAGGGAGCAGGAGCAGCCGCUGGCGGAGAGCGCGUAUGGUGGUGGCGGCAGCGGCGGGCGGAAUUCUUGUGGCUUGUCCAGCUACGUUCUUGAGGGACUCUCCGGCCUCGAGGAAAUUGAUACGAACAUGUUCUUUGCUGACGACGCGCUGGACGGCGGCGGCGGCGGCGGCGGCGGCGAGGCGACCCAAGACAACUUGCCCUGCGACUCGACGGGAGCCAAGCCCAAGCCGCCGGCGCACAUGCCAGAAGCUGGUGACGUUCACGCGUCGCCGCUGCCCGCGCACAUGCUACCCGGCGCCCUCCAAGCGUACGACGCGUGCCGUGCGUUCCAUGGCGCGUCGCCGCCCAUGGCAGCGGGCGGUCCGCUGCCCGACUUCGUCACCAACGACGGCGCGCCCAUGCCAGCUGCUGCUGGCCUUCACGCGUGCGGCGCCUUGCCCGGAAUUGUCUCUAACGGCGCGUCUAAGCCGCCAUCGUGCCGUGCGUUCCAUGGCGCGUCGCCGCCCACGGCAGCGGGCGGUCCGCUGUCCGUCUUCGUCACCAACAACGGCGCGCCAAUGCCGGGGGCUGCUGCUGGCCUUCACGCGUGCGUCGUGGUGUUGCCUGGCAUUGUCUCCAUCGGCGCGUCUGGGCCGCCACGGAUGGAGCCCAUGCCAGCACGUGCUAGUCUCCACCCGAACGCUGCGCCGGCGCACGCCCCUCCGCCACCGUCUCCGCCGUCGUCCAGCGCGUCUUCCGGCUCGGGCCGCUGCCCGUCGUCAGCGACAUCGGGGACCGAGUUCUUGCAACCCCACGCCUGGGUUGUUCCCAGGCGGCAGCGGAGCCUACCCACAGGUGCCCGCAGGUCACGAUCCGCGCCACGCCAGAGGAACAUGCAAGCCCAGAAGGUAUGCCGCCACUGCCACUCGCCGGAUACGCCGCAGUGGCGCACAGGCCCGAACGGGCGGGCCACUCUGUGCAACGCGUGUGGGUUACGCUACGCGGGACACAGGCUGGUGCCGGAGUACCGGCCGCUCACGGCUCCUAGCUUCCGGAGCGGGCAGCACUCCAACCGCCACCGGAACGUCAUGAAACUCAGGGAGCAAAUGAAGGCGGCGGCGACGGAGGAGGAACCGUCGGAACAGCCGACAGAAGGCAACACGUAGAAUGAUGGGCUCAUCCGCUCAUGGCUCACAUAUCAGCAGCAGGCUUAUGACACCGGCUAGGCCAAGGUUUAGGCUUUGAAUCUUUUGUUGGUUUCGUUUCUUAGCGAUGAUUCUGUGCUACUAGCUAGUGUAGUAGUAAGAACUAGUGAUCAAUCAUCCAUGGAUCCAUGAAUGUUAGCUAGUCUCUUUCGAUUGAUUCAUUAUUACUAG